GAAGUCACAUCGGUGGAAGUAUCAUACGAAGUCUUUGAUAAUUUUGCCUCGCCUUUGAUAGUAAUGCACGGUUUACUUGGGUCAAAAAAUAAUUGGCUUGCUAAAUGUAAGCAAUAUAGUAAAAAAACCAAGCCCCCCAGACAAAUAAUAGCUAUAGAUAGUCGAAAUCAUGGUAAAAGCCCUCAUACAAAUAUUCAUACAUACGAACAUAUUGUAGCAGACAUGAAAGCUCUAUUCGAUCGGAUUUCUCUUACAAAAGUAGCUUUAUUAGGACAUUCAAUGGGGGGAAGAUCAUGUAUGUUGUAUUCUUUAAAAUACCCGGAGCUUGUGGAAAAGUUAAUUGUGGCCGAUAUUUCACCAAUCACAGGAUUGCAUAUGGCCGAAUUCGCAAAAAUAUUCGAUAUACUUUUGGCAGCUCAAAUUCCAUCUGGUGUACCAGUAUCGAAGGCAGUAAAAAUGAUGGAUAAUGAUUUAACUCCGAAGAUUGCCAGCAGUCGAUUGAGAAAUUUUCUCCUGUCAAAUAUUGUUAAAAAACAAGACGGAAGUAACGGCUGGAGAGUUAAUUUAACCGUACUCGCCAAAGAUUUGAAGCAUUUAUGCGUCUUUCCAUUAGAUGACACUAUGAGAUAUGAGGGACCUACUCUAUUUGUUGCUGGUGGAAACUCGAAUUUUGUACCAAAAAGUGACUUGCCAAAAAUUUUGAAAUAUUUUCCAAAAGCAGAACUUACAUACAUAAAAGGUGCAACCCAUUGGCUACAUCUCGAUAAACCCCAAGAAUUUAUGGAUAUCACCGUUGAAUUUUUAAACAGGUCAUAAAUCUUGAAAUUAUUCCAAUUUUUCAUAAUGAAAUUGUCAA